AGGCAAACUGUCUCCAGCGAUCUAAAUGAGAGGGAAUGUUGACCAGGGAACACCGCUGGGGCCGAUCAGAGGAGCAGGAACCUGAGCCCACGCUGAGUCCGAAAACUGUCGGAUCGAGACUUUGGCUCGGGGACGGUUGGAAGUGGGAGAUGGAGAUGGCAGAGGAGCCCGCCAAUAGUGGGCAUUCGCUACCCCCGGUUUAUAUUUAUAGUCCCGAGUAUGUCAGCAUUUGCGAUUCUCUCACCAAGGUCCCCAAACGGGCCAGUAUGGUCCACUCUCUGAUCGAAGCAUAUGCCCUGCAUAAACAAAUGAGGAUAGUGAAGCCCAAAGUGGCCUCCAUGGAGGAGAUGGCCACAUUCCACACUGAUGCCUACCUACAACAUCUCCAGAAGGUCAGCCAAGAAGGUGAUGAGGACCAUCCAGAUUCCAUAGAAUAUGGACUAGGUUAUGACUGCCCAGCCACGGAAGGGAUAUUUGACUAUGCAGCAGCUGUAGGAGGAGCUACAAUCACAGCUGCCCAGUGUCUGAUUGACGGGAAGUGUAAAAUAGCAAUUAACUGGUCUGGAGGGUGGCAUCACGCAAAGAAAGAUGAAGCAUCUGGUUUUUGUUAUCUCAAUGAUGCUGUCCUGGGAAUAUUAAGAUUGCGACGGAAAUUUGAGCGUAUUCUCUAUGUGGAUUUGGAUCUGCACCAUGGAGAUGGUGUACAAGAUGCCUUCAGUUUUACAUCCAAAGUAAUGACUGUGUCCCUGCACAAAUUCUCCCCAGGAUUUUUCCCAGGAACAGGUGACAUGUCUGAUGUUGGCCUGGGGAAGGGACGGUACUACAGUGUCAAUGUGCCCAUUCAGGAUGGCAUACAGGAUGAGAAGUAUUAUCACAUCUGUGAAAGUGUACUAAAGGAAGUGUACCAGGCCUUCAAUCCUAAAGCAGUGGUUUUACAGCUGGGUGCAGAUACCAUGGCUGGGGAUCCAAUGUGUUCCUUUAACAUGACACCGGUGGGGAUCGGCAAGUGUCUGAAGUAUGUCCUUCAGUGGCAAUUGGCCACUCUGAUUUUAGGAGGAGGAGGCUAUAACCUUGCCAACACGGCUCGUUGCUGGACAUACUUGACCGGGGUCAUCCUAGGGAAAACACUAUCCUCUGAGAUCCCAGAUCAUGAGUUUUUCACAGCAUAUGGUCCUGAUUAUGUGCUGGAAAUCACGCCAAGCUGCCGGCCAGACCGCAAUGAGCCCCACCGAAUCCAGCAAAUCCUCAACUACAUCAAAGGGAAUCUGAAGCAUGUGGUCUAGUUGACAAAAAGAGACCUGCUUCCCAGCACAGGGAAGCGGUGCCCAUAAUGAAGAAUGUGUGUUGAUACAAGCAGUUUGUGGAAUCUGUGACUUCAGGGGAAAUUUGGAAGGAAUUACUUCCUGAACAUUUCCAAGGGGCACCAAGUGGUAUCUGUCCUCCUGGGGUGGGUGAGGAGGCAGACACCCCAGAGCCAGGCCUAGGGGGAAGAGCAAGACACUCAGCAUUUUAAGUGUUUAUUUUAAAACACACACACACACACAUACACACACACACAUACACACACAUUCAGCUUUUAAUCUUUUAAAAAUAUUUUUAACCAAGUUGGGGAGGGGAGUAUUUUUAUCUUUUUAAAGGGGACAAGUCAGAAGCUGCAGGAAAGUGGGAUUGGGUGGGGGUAGCAGACAGGCAGGUUUGGGCCCCUGGGGUCAUCUAGGUAGAGCCCUGUGGGGGAGGGAUAUCAGCAGACUGGGAGGGAAAGAGGAGUUGACCACUUUUGUUUUAGUAUUCUGCACUCGUGUUGUUUUUAAUAAAAAUCUUCA